UGGCUUCCUGGGAUCCUUCUGGGGUUGAUGCUUGGACGAAAGCCCGAGCCUAGAGUCGAAUGAUAGGAAGGCCUCUGCGCUAUAAACGUUUAUAGUUGUCACGCCCCUCCAACGUACUGGGUGCGCUUUGUCGUUAGCAAUUCACGCACACAUAUGCACACAUACCCAUCGACCCUUUCCCUGUUCUUUGACUGACGCAGGCUGAGCGACGCCUCACAAAGCCUUGUGCGAUCUUCGGAUUCGAAGCGUGCUGUUUGCUUUUAUCUGUACGGCCGCCAAGCGACUUUCCACUCCGAGAUCCCAGCAACUGGAGAUCGCCGACGGACACGCUCCAGUCUACCCACUUCGUUUCUUCCUUUCGACGCUCCUAAUCUGUGCAUAUUGUAUAUACCCCAUACCACUUUCCACCCACACGCUAUUUCGACACCUUGUCAUUUAACCCAGGAGCGGACUCCCCGUUGAGCCUCAGAGAGUCACGAUCCUUGACCAUCGGCAGCCAUGGACCCUGUUACUUCUGGCGCGGACCCGACCACGCCGCUUGAAGCGUUUAACAAUGCUACUAUUGCGACGGGAGGCGACAGCAAGUUGUACAACCUCAAUGUUUUCUAUGAUGCGGGCGAUAUCGCUUGGAUGAUUACGAGUACCGCGCUCGUGCUGCUCAUGAUUCCGGGAGUUGGUUUCUUCUACUCUGGACUUGCGAGGAGAAAGUCUGCGUUGUCGCUGCUAUGGCUGAGUGUCAUGGCCACGGCUGUCAUCAGCUUCCAGUGGUUCUUCUGGGGUUACUCGUUGGCUUUCUCGCACACCGCUGGAAAGUACAUCGGUAACCUUGAUAACUUCGGACUCAAGAAUGUACUCGGCGCUCCAUCAGUUGGAAGUUCGAGGAUCCCAGACUUGAUGUUCUGUUUAUACCAGGGCAUGUUCGCUGCCAUCACCGUUGCCCUUGCCGUUGGAGCUGUCGCAGAGCGCGGCCGCAUGCUGCCCUGCGUCAUCUACAUGUUCAUCUGGUCCACACUCAUCUACGAUCCCAUCGCCUGCUGGACCUGGAACUCAUCUGGAUGGGUUUUCCAACUUGGUGGCCUCGAUUUUGCCGGUGGCACACCUGUACAUAUUGCCUCUGGAACUGCCGCUCUGGCUUACUCGUACAUGCUGGGCAAGCGCAGCGGUCACGGUACCCAGGAGCUGAACUACCGACCCCACAACGUUACCCAUAUUGUCAUCGGCACUGUCUUCCUGUGGGUUGGAUGGUUCGGUUUCAACGCCGGUUCGGCGCUUGCUGCGAACUUGCGCGCUAUCAUGGCGGCUGUAUGCACAAACCUUGCAGCCUGUGUUGGUGGCAUUACGUGGUGCCUCGUCGACUACCGUCUGGAGCGCAAGUGGUCAACAGUCGGAUUCUGUUCUGGCGUUAUUGCCGGUCUGGUCGCUAUCACCCCUGGAUCCGGAUACGUGCCUGCCUGGGCUGCCGUCAUCUUUGGUGCUGUCGGUGGCGUUGCUUGUAACUACGCGACCAAGCUGAAGUACUUUCUUCGCUGUGAUGACGCUCUUGACAUCUUCGCCGUUCACGGUGUCGGUGGCUUCAUUGGCAACAUCCUUACUGCAUUCUUUGCUGCUGACUACAUUGCCCAUCUCGACGGCUACACGGUCAUCUCCGGCGGCUGGUUGAACCACAACUGGAUACAGCUCGGCUACCAGCUUGCCGACUCUCUCGCUGGAGGCGCAUACUCCUUCGUUGGCACAUGCCUGAUCCUCGCUACACUCGACUUCAUCGGCAAGUUCUUGCCUGCUUUCCGCCUGCGCGCUACCGAGGAAGAAGAGGCUCUCGGUAUCGACGAUGUCGAGAUCGGCGAAUUUGCCUACGAUUACGUUGAGCUCACUCGCGAGCUGAAGGUGCCUGACGACGAUGUCGACGAGGGCAUGUCAAUGCACUCGCUGCACCACAAUAGCGCCGGCAUGGCCAUCACCAGUCACCACGAGAAGAAUCAGGGUUCGGUGGACUCUGCAAACCAGCUUGCUGACUGGGCGCAUCGCGCGUGAUAAGCUGCAUCCCAGGCUGGGUCUUCAUUCCUAUUCCAGCGUUUCUGAGCUCUAUACCACUUAUUCUUCUCUUUCUAGACUUCUUCUGAAGGCCUUCUGAGCGUACCUGUCUUUGCGUAAUGUAGUAUAUGUGUGGAUGACUGAAUCAAUGGCUCCUCAACCGUUCACGCUUUAGGUGCAACUCCAGGCUGGACAACCACCCUAGUGA